UGUUUGUUUUAAGAUUUUUGCUUAUGCUUUGGGGUCCGGAUUGUGCACCCAAAAAGAAUGAGUGAAACUAGAGGUAAAAAUAAAGUUUAAAAAGAAGCCAUGAGGCUGCGACUAACACUCAACCAGAAUUUUGGUUCAAAAUUGUUUGUUGCCUUCAUAUUUUGCUUUUACGUCCUGAUUCGAUACAAUCAUUUUCUCACCGAAAAUGGCGAAGGAAAUAGUGUUCUUACUAGAAAACUUUCUAUGUUUGAUUCCGAUAUAAGAGAAAAAUGUAAACCUGCUAAAGGAGCAGUAGAUGAGUUUCCUCCAGAUUUUAUGACUCAGGAGCAACGAUACAAAGGCGGUAUUAUUUUUCAUGUUACUGUGACAUUUUAUAUGUUUGGCCUUUUAGCAGUGGUAUGCGAUGACUAUUUUGUACUUUCGUUGUAUCAUAUUUGCUUGCGACUUAAAAUGGAUAAAGAUGUUGCUGGUGCAACUUUUAUGGCAAUUGGAUCGUCUGCCCCAACGUUGUUUAUCUCUAUUGUCUCCAUUUUUUUUACUGAUAGUGCUGGUGAUGUUGGACUAGGUACUGUCGUAGGUUCAACAAUAUUUAACACCUUGUUCAUUGUAUCAAUAUGUGCUAUGGUUACAACAAUACCAGCACGUGUUUCUCAAUGGCCACUUAUGAGAGAUUCGUUUGUAUAUGUUCUUGGGACAAUUUCACUUGCAAUAACAAUUCGAGAUAGACGUGUUUAUUGGUACGAAGCAUGCUUGUUUGUAAUAGUGUACAUGUUUUAUAUAGUCAUUAUAUAUUUCAACAAAGAACUUGGUGCGGUGUUUAACAAUAAUGUCAAGCAAGUAUGUGGUGAGUUAGAAGAUGAAGACUCAGAUAUGUUGACAAUAAAUUCGAAAACAACAAUGGAUGAUUUACUGAAACCUUCAGGAAACGAAGAAGUACCAAAAAAUCAUGAUGCGUCAAGUAACAAUUCAAUGAUGGAUGAUCUUGAACAGUUUGAACACAAACAAGAAUCUCCCCUACAAAUUCCAGAGGGAUGCAUUGCAAAAAUUGUUUGGAUAUUAGGUUUUCCUGUUAUGAUAUUGUUCUAUAUCACUAUACCACCGUGCUGCAAAAAACGUUGGUCUGAAUGGUUUUUAGUAACUUUUGCAAUGUCCGUUAUGUGGAUGGGAUUUCUCUCUUAUAUUCUUGUUUGGAUGGUUGUUAUAAUUGGAGACACAUUUGAUAUACCUGAUUGUAUUAUGGGAAUGACGUUUUUAGCUGCUGGUUCAAGUAUACCCGAUGUAAUGGCAUCAGUAAUUGUUGCACGUCAAGGAAUGGCUGAUAUGGCAUUAUCAAAUGCUAUUGGAUCAAACGUAUUUGAUAUGCUGUGUUUAGGAUUACCGUGGUUGCUAAAAACAACAAUCAUGGAUCCAGGCAGUUUUAUUACAAUCCAGUCUCAAAGCAUAAUGAUUUCCACUCUUCUCUUAAUCGGUUCUAUUGUGUUCACAAUUGUAGCAGUUCAUUUGAAUAAUUGGAGAUUAGAUUUUAAAUUAGGGAUUAUUUUUCUUAUUAUAUACAUAGUAUUUAUAGCACUUGCAACUUUAAUUGAAUUUUUAGCUUGUCCGUGUCAGAUUGAAGAUUUUCUUCCAGUCUAAGUAACUUAAGAAUAUUCUAUGAAUAAAAAAUUUCAAUAACUUUUUAGCCCUAAAACAAACUAAAAUGAAAUAAAAAGCAUCGCAAAAUUCUUUAAUACAAAUAAGGGCAUUGGGAAAAUAAUGGCAUUGGAAAAAACGAAUUUACAGUGGCAUCUACUUACUCCAAAAGAUUCAAGAUAGAUGCAUCUUAAUAGCUUCAACAGAUCACACAAUGAUCACAAAGAUCACACAAACUGUAAAUAAUCAAGAAUCAGGGAUCUUGAAUUAGAUACUCGAAACUUGAUUACUUUAGACUCAAGAACUUGAUUACUUUAGACUCUCAAUUACUUUUACCUCAAAUGAUACGUUUGACUCAAAUGUUUGACUGUUUUUAAAAUCACAAGCUAGACUUCAAAUUUGGCUAAGCAGGACAUUGCGUGCUUAUGGUAUUGUAAAGCAUUAUUUAUAUUGUCAAAAUUAGUUUUCAGAACAAUAUUUGUUUUAAAAAUAUUAUGUUUAAAACUUUUGUAAUUUUUGCUUACUAAUGAUUUAUGUAUUUCACAA